AUGGAACAGUUUCUCAUAACUCUGUUCAUGCUAUACUUUGUGUCUUCAAAUGCCAGAGCAGAGCAGAAUUACUCAGGAAAUUCCGUACUCAACUGCAGCAUCAAACAUGAAAACAGGCCUUCAUCAGCUUUCCUUUACACCUGCAAUGGCCUGAGCAAAUCGUGUCUGGCCUUCCUCAUCUUCAAGUCCCAACCUCCUUACAACACAGUUACUUCAAUUUCAAAUCUGACAUCAUCAGAACCAGAAGAGCUCGCCGCAAUCAACCGCGUGUCUAUGUUCACUGUGUUCCCAACCGGCAAAGAGGUAAUUGUUCCUGUCAACUGUAACUGCAAAACUAAGGACUAUUACCAAGCUGAUACUAAUUAUACCUUGCCCACAAUCCAAACUUAUUUCACAAUAGCAAAUGACACCUAUCAGGGAUUGUCCACUUGCAAUUCUCUCUUGCGUUACAAUCCAUAUGGGGCAUUAGAUUUGCAUGCUGGUAUGCAGUUACACGUGCCACUUCGAUGUGCUUGUCCAACUCAGUCUCAAAUUGCCAGUGGCACCAAGUAUUUACUAACUUACGCAGUUGAUUGGGGUGAUAAUGUAUCUUCUCUUGCUACAAGAUACAAAAGAUCGGUGACUUUCGUUGAGGCACGUUAUACGAUAAGAAAAACCAAGCUCGCGUCUUCGGAAGAAAUUCGUGACGAGAUUGCAGGCAUUGAGCAUGUUUCUAAAGAGUACAGAUUCGAGGAAAUAAAGGAGGCGACCGAGGAUUUCAGUUCAAAGAAUAGAUUAGGAGGCUCAGUGUACUGGGGAGUGUUUGGCAAGGACAUCUUGGCUGUCAAGAGAAUGAGGACAGAUGCGUCCAAGGAAGUGAAAAUGCUGAAGAAGAUCAAUCAUUUCAACGUCAUAAAGCUGCAAGGUUACUGCAAAAACGAAGGCUUCUUCUACCUAGUUUUUGAAUACAUGGAGAAUGGCUCUCUGAGAGAGUGGCUUGAAAAAAAUGUACCCACGGAGCACCAGAGUUGGGGCAAGAGGAUCCAGAUUUCUCUGGAUAUUGCCAACGGACUUCAAUAUCUUCACAACUUCACUGAACCUUGCUACGUGCACAAGGACAUCAACACUAGCAACAUUCUACUAAACAAGAACGUCAGGGCCAAGAUUGCAAAUUUUCGUCUUGCAAAAGAGUCAGAAGGGGAUAUAAUUUGCAAUCACAGGUGGUGGGAACAGAGGUUAUAUGGCUCCUGA